CCUCUUCACCUCCAGCGCCCAGCUGCUCGCGGAGCGUAGUUCCGACCCACAGCCUGGCACCCUUCGGCGAGCGCUGUUUGUUUAGGGCUCGGUGAGUCCAAUCAGGAGCGCAGGCUGCAGUUUUCCGGCGGAGCAGUAAGAGGCGCCUCCUCUCUCCUUUUUAUUCACCAGCAGCGCCGCGCAGACCCCGGACUCGCGCUCGCCCGCCGGCGCCUUCGGCCUCUCCGCGCUCGGGAGCACCCGCCGCCGCCGCGGUUCUCCAUGCGCUGCGCCCACCCGAGGAGCUAGAAGUCAUCUUGGAGCGGCGCGCGGUCGUGGAUGGCCUUGACUGACGGCGGCUGGUGCCUGCCGAAGCGCUUUGGGGCGACGGCUGUGGACGCCGGCGACUCCCGAGCCUUUCCAGCGCGGGAGCCUUCCACGCCGCCAUCCCCCAUCUCCUCCUCUCCCUCCUCCUGCUGCUCCCGGGGUGGGGAGCGCGGCCCCGGCGGCGCCAGCAACUGCAGGACGCCGCAGCUCGACACGGAGGCGGCAGCAGCGGGGCCCCCGACCCGCUCGCUGCUGCUCGGCCCCUACGCCUCGCAUCCCUUCGGGCCCCCCCACGGACCUUCGGCGCCCGGGGUCGCGGGCCCUGGCAGCGCCCUGUCGAGUUGGGAGGACCUGCUGCUCUUCACUGACCUCGACCAGGCCGCGACCGCCAGCAAACUGCUGUGGUCCAGCCGCGGCGCCAAGCUGAGCCCCUUCGCCCCCGAGCAGCCGGAGGAGAUGUACCAGACCCUCGCCGCGCUCUCCAGCCAGGGGCCGGCCGCCUACGACGGCGCGCCCGGCGGCUUCGUGCACUCGGCGGCCGCCGCGGCAGCAGCCGCGGCCGCGGCCAGCUCCCCGGUCUAUGUGCCCACCACCCGCGUGGGCUCCAUGCUGCCCGGCCUGCCGUACCUGCAGGGAGCGGGCAGCGGACCCGCCAACCACGCGGGCGCAGCGGGCGCGCACCCGGGCUGGCCGCAGGCCUCGGCCGAGCCCCCGUAUGGCAGCGGAGGCGGCGCGGCGGGCGGCGGGGGCGGGCCUGGCAGCGCCGGCUCGGCCGCGGCGCACGUCUCGGCGCGCUUUCCCUACUCGCCCAGCCCGCCGAUGGCCAACGGCGCAGCGCGGGAGCCCGGGGGCUACGCCGCGGCCGGGGGCGGAGGCGCGGGCGGCGUGAGCGGAGCCGGGGCGAGCCUGGCGGCCAUGGGCGGCCGCGAGCACCAGUACAGCUCGCUGUCAGCCGCGCGGCCCCUGAACGGGACGUAUCACCACCAUCACCACCACCACCCCAGCCCCUACUCACCCUACGUGGGUGCGCCACUGACGCCCGCCUGGCCCGCCGGACCCUUUGAGACCCCGGUGCUGCACAGCUUGCAGAGCCGGGCCGGAGCGCCGCUGCCGGUGCCGCGGGGCCCCAGCGCAGACCUGCUGGAGGACCUGCCCGAAAGUCGCGAGUGCGUGAACUGCGGCUCCAUCCAGACGCCGCUGUGGCGGCGAGACGGCACCGGCCACUACCUGUGCAACGCCUGCGGCCUCUACAGCAAGAUGAACGGGCUCAGCAGGCCCCUCAUCAAGCCUCAGAAGCGCGUGCCUUCCUCCCGGCGGCUUGGAUUGUCCUGUGCCAACUGUCACACCACAACCACCACUUUGUGGCGCAGAAAUGCCGAGGGUGAACCAGUGUGCAAUGCUUGUGGACUCUACAUGAAACUCCAUGGGGUCCCUCGACCUCUUGCAAUGAAAAAGGAGGGAAUCCAAACCAGGAAACGAAAACCUAAGAACAUAAAUAAGUCAAAGGCUUGCUCUGGUAAUAGCAAUAAUUCUGUUCCUAUGACUCCAACUUCCACCUCUUCUAAUUCAGAUGAUUGCAGCAAAAAUACUUCCCCUACAACACAACCUACAGCCUCAGGGGCGGGUGCCUCGGUGAUGUCUGGUGCUGGAGAGAGCACUAAUCCUGACAACAGCGAGCUCAAGUACUCAGGUCAAGAUGGGCUGUACAUAGGCGUCAGCCUGGCCUCUCCGGCUGAAGUCACAUCCUCGGUGAGACAGGAUUCCUGGUGCGCUCUCGCCCUGGCCUGAGCCACGUGGGUGGAGCAGAGGGCGCCUGCAGGGCCCCACUGGACCAGACCCCUGCUGACUUUUGUUUUGUCAAGCAGUCCACACUGAUUGAUGCAAGUAUGCUGACAGAACAUGCCUCUGACGCGUGAUUUCCGUGCCUUUACUUUGAAGAAGAUGUGUUUCCCAAGAGGUUCGCUCUGCCUUACUACUCAAGCCCCAUCUCUGAAGAGAGACAGAAGACAGGUCUUCCUGGGAAGGGCCGGUGCAGUCACAGCGUUCAACCUGGCCACCGCCAGCCAUCCUGCUCCAGGGACUGCCAGGGAUUGAUGUUUGCUGUGCCACUUCCAGAGACCGGGACUAGGACCGGGGCCUUGCCUGCUAAGGGAUAUUGAGAGCGAUUUUUAAAAAAAGAUUUUAUGUCUAUUGCCCCAAAUCAUGUACUUCUUCUGAUUGGUUUUGGUUAUUCCAGAAUUUCUUCAUACCUUUUCUACACCCAAAUUUCACAUGCGCUCAUGGAGAAGACCAUUUGAGGCCGUUUGGUACACACCUCUGGAGGCGGAGUCGUUCACAAGAUCUCUUGUCAAAAUGUUUCUCAGUUUUCGAGACUGCAUCUUAACUGUAACUACACUGUGACUGAUGUUUCUCAAAGUUCAUAUUGUGUGACUGAUCUGAAGUCAGUCGGAAUUUGUAAACAGGGUAGCAAACAAGAUAUUUUUCUUCCAUGUAUACAAUAAUUUUUUUAAAAAGUGCAAUUUGCGUUGCAGCAAUCAGUGUUAAAUCAUUUGCAUAAGAUUUAACAACAUUUUUAUAAUGAAUGUAAACAUUUUAACUUAAUGGUACUUAAAUAAUUUAAAAGAAAAAUGUUAACUUAGACAUUCUUAUGCUUCUUUUACAACUACAUCCCAUUUCUAUAUUUCCAAUUGUUAAAGAAAAAUAUUUCAAGAACAAAUCUUCUCUCAGGAAAAUUGCCUUUAUCCAUUUGUUAAGAAUUUUUAUACAAGGACACCAAUAUCUCCCCUUUAUUUUACUGUGGAAUAUGUGCUGGAAAAUUUGCAACAAAACUUUACUACCUAACAGAUAACAUUUGUAAAUACUUUAGGCAUCUGUACACACUAUGAUGAAGUCUCUAGUGUGACUAACCCACAGGGCAGGUUGGUUUACAUUAAUUUUUUUUUAAUGGGAUGUCAUAUGGAAACCUAUUUCACCAGAGUUUUAAAAAAUAAAAAAGGGUAUUGUUUUGUCUUCUGUACAGUGAAUUCCUUCCCUUUAAGUUUCAUUUUAAUACUGUAUGUGGCUACAGAUAUUCAUAUAAAACAAGUGCAUGUGGUAUUUGCAAAUUGCCUUACAGCCUUCAUUUCAAUGAAUUGUCUUUUUCGGAACUGUUUAUUACUUGGCUUUUUUGAAGUUGACAGAUGUAGUUACCACUUCGAAUUUGCAUUGGGGGUGAUUUUUAUAAGUGAAAAGGACGUGGGAUUCUAUGACAUUAUCUGUGAUAAUAAGCAUUCUGUUUAAGGUCAAUUCUUAAAAUCAUCAAAAUGUUCAGGGUGUUUUUCCCUCUGAAUGUGAGACCACAAACUGGAAUGGUUUCUGUUCUAGUUUUUCCUUUUACAAAGUGCACAAAGUAUUAAAACUCUGCUGGGAUUGCAGUCCUUACACUUACCAGAAGAUGUCUAAUGAUCUGAACAGACUCUAUCAUUGGGGGAUUUCAAAAAAGCAGGAGGCUGUUUCACCACACAAAAAGGCAGCAUUUCAUUUUGGCUGCCUAAGGGUAGGUUUUGACUUCUUUUCAUAUACUGAUUACAGUUAUUCUGUGUGAUCCCUUCUGAUUCUAUUAGCUGAUGGGAAUUCUUCCCUUUGAGGUGGGGUUGUGUUGGGAGUCAGAUUCAGGGCUGGUGUUGGUGUGUAAAUCACCAAAGCUGAAUGCACUGUGAUACCACCUAAUGGGUUAACAAGGGUUAAAAGUGCAGGGUUUGGAGUCAGACCAUCAAGCUUCUGUUCCAAGCUCUGUGGUCUCAGGUAAGUUUUCCAACUCUCAUUUUCCUCCUCUAUACAAUAAGGCCAAUAACAUAUAACUCAUAAGAUUAAAUGACAUAAUCCACUCGAAUAUGGGAACCUUGAGUGUUAACUUGGUUUUGAAGGAGGGUAGUGUGAGCUUGUAUAAUAUGGGUGGAUUGAAUAAUGUAUUACUCCCUGUGCAGUAUGGAGUAUCAAAAUUUAUGGUUCUGAGAGUCUGUUCCUAGUCUCACCUGCACUUUCUGAGCAAAGCUGGGGAGCAUGAAAUGUGGGAUCCCUCCCAGCAUGGGGAGGCAGAGAUGAAAAGAUGCUUGAAGGAUACCAAUCUGAGUUGGCGGGAUGUUUUAUAGAACAAGGCUGGUCUGACAGUAGGAGCAAAUAAUUAUUUACAUGAGCACAUUUCCCCCUUUCCAUGCAUUUACUCAAAGCAUUCGUUACUUUGAGUGCCUUGUGGUAGGCUGAGGACUGUUAGUUAUUAUGUUUUCAUUAGAAAAUGAAUUUUUUUUAUUGGGGUGUCCAAACGAUCUUUUUUUUCUGAGGUGGACUCAAGUAGUGUUUCCUCAAACCCUAAGAUGCCAUUAGGCUCUAAAUUCCUCUAGCUUCCAUGAAAUAAAUUAUGAUGGCGGAAGGGGAGGGAAUUUCUUAUAGUCUGUGCUAACACAAUGAACUCCACCAGCUUGGGCCUUUCCAUUGGUAAUUUUCUUACAUGUGAUUGCAUGAAGCAGAAGCUUCAUAAUUUCUUCCAAAACACAAUCAUAGCAACUGUCCUCUAAAGUGCGGCAUUAAAAAGUAAAUCAUUUCUCAAUAGGGAGUGUAUUUAAAUAGACAGUACACCUCAGCUUAGAGAGUCCUCAGAUCCAGUGCUGUGCAUUCUCACUGGUGACUGAUUUUAGAUCAUCUUAUGUAACUGAAGGCUCUACCUGGGGUCUCUCUUCAGGGUCACUUAGUGUUGCUUCCUGGUUCCAAUGGGAGGGUCAGGAAAGCAAAGGGAGACAUUCAUUUCCCCCUGCAAAUAAUUUAACUUCUUGCUCAUGGGAAAUGUUUUCUCUAGUCCUUGGAAAUUUGAUGUAAUUUGAGAUCAUAGAUAAAUUAGCUGCUGGGAGGUUAGUACAGCAAGCCAUUGGUGGUUUUGCCAGAUUCUAAGCUGCUUUCAGUUUGGGGCAUUGUGGUGGCUGCAGUGCUAAGUUCUUUCUAUGAACUGUCUUGUCCACAGGAGCUUUGGAUCCUCCUGAUUGAGAAGGAAAUAAUAUUUGUGUGUGUGGGAGGGAGGAGGGUAGUUAGUGGAAGGACAGAGCAGAGACCAACCAUCAGAAUAAGGGCAGUUCUAGCUAGCUGGUGGCUUGUUUGGGGCUAGAAAUAGCAAGUCAAUUUGGCAACAUUAGUUAUCUCCUAUUGUUUGGCAGUUCUAAUGGAUAGUCAGAUAUGAGUUUGAUUAUUUAAGUGAGAAAUACUAAUAAAUUUGUCAGACAAAAAUCUUUCAAAACUGAGGUCUGGGAAUAAAUAUUGGGUACCUACAAUUCUGGCCAACUGAAGCUUUGGGAUAGGUUCUGUGUGGCUGAAAUUUCAGCAGCAGCUGGAUUCUGGGAGGAAAGGAAGCAUGUAGUCGUCAGUUGGUUCAACUGAAAGAUAUAGGUAAGCUAAGAGCCUAAAUAAAUGACUCCCUUUCUGUCUUUGUUUUUUUUUUGCGUAGAAGAACUGCUGGGGUGUAGGCCACAGGUGCCUGGAGGGAGGUGAGAGGAUUCAUCAGAGUGGGGAGCAAAACAGGUGGAUUUUACUGAAAUACACUGCUAAGGGGAACAAGGGGUGGGAGUGGGGGCAGGAGAGGUCUGCUGCUCCAUGUGGGUCAGCUCCCUGGCCAGGGAUCACUCAGGACAUGGCAGUGAUAGUGCUGAGACUUAAUCCCUAGGCCACCAACAAGAUGCACUCUCUCUCUGUAAAUAAAAUAUGUAAAUAAAUUAUGGUUGAUAGUUCCUAAUAUUUUCUGAGGGAAAGUUCUGAUGUUACAGGUGUUAUAGGUGCAUGUGGAGGGAGGAUCCACAGCAUUUCUCAAUUCCACCCUGGGAAACUAUUGGGACAGUUGGCACCUCGCUCUUCCUCCUGCUCAGUUGCUAUCCCUAGAACUGGCUGUCCUACAGUUGAUGUUGCUAUUUCAGUUAAAGAGAUACUUAUUUGGUUUGGUAGCUUUUUUUUUUUAAUUAACUUUUUAAAGAUGUCUACAAUAUAGCUAUUAAUGAUGAAAUAGCUGAUGAAAUGAUGUUUAAUUAGCAGAAGAGUGUGUAUGUCUAUUACCAGUGGGCCCCUAUGGUGAGAGAUUCUUCCAGAUAUUCUUUAGUUUUGGAGCAAGUCAUUUCCUGUACCUCAGUCUCUGCUGCAGAUAAGUCAGGCCAUGAGCAAAGGUCCCAUCCAUCUGCAUGUGUUCCCCACAGUCCCUUAUGCAGAUAAUAUGCGGUGAGGUAAUAAUGAGUCUGUGGUCUGGUCUGGGGUCCCAGAGUGGAGGAAUCACUUCAGACCCUCUCCAUGACUAGGGAUGCUGGUGGAAUUGGAAUCUCCUUCCAGUCCUUUUCCUGCUGCUUCACCACCUUGGUUUUCAUCUAUAAAGCCAGUCCUCCUGCUGCCUUGGACACAGAGAGUCAGUCCUGGUCAUAGUCACGAAUACCGGGGCUUGGUAGGAAUUGCCAUGGCCCCCUAAUGCUAACCUUGCUUGGUCUGGGCCCACUGUUGUAAACCUUAUACAGUGAUAUGGACCCAGACCGGAAAAUGGAAAAGUCUGGCAGCUGAGCAGUCCCCCGAACAAGGAAAAAACAGCUUUGCUUUGCUUGGCCCAUUACUUCAAUAUCUUGUAGUUGGUUUUUUAGUUCUUGGAAACAACCAGCUUUUCAUUGUUUGCUUUCUGUGUCUCUCUUUAGCUAUUAUGGAGUUUCCCUCUCUGUGUUUUCACCCCUGCUCUCAGUUUUACCCGUAUUUUUGUGAAUUCUAUUCUUUAACACUCCAAGAAUGGCCUGAAAUUAUAUUAGCAAGUUGUUAUCUAGCAUUUACUAUGUGCCAGUUUCUAUACAGAGUGCUGUACCUAUAUCAGUUUGCUAUCCUCACACCAAGUGAAUGAGGUAGUGCUUGUCCCAUUUUUCAGAUGUGUCUACAGAAACACAAAAGUUAAGCAACUUGUCUAAGAUUACACAGUGGUAGAACUGGCAUUUGAAUCCCAUCAGGCUCCUUCUAGGACAAUAGUCUUAAUCAUUCUACCAUAUUACAUUUUAUGGUAAUAUGGUAGAUUUGAUUAAAUAUUUUUCUAAAUAUUGAAUUGAAGAACACAGAAGAGGGGUCAGAACUGUCUGAGAUUUCACAUGUUCUUUAUCCCCAGCAUCUCAGAAAUACAUGGUUGUAUUUCUAGUCAACACAGGUAUGCCUCGGUUGAAGAA